CUUGCUACUCACAUAAAAGUGUCUUACAUGAAAAGGAAAAAAAUGGGUAUCUGAGAAAAUUACAUCAAAAGGCAAAUGGUGGUUACAAAAACCAUAUCAUCCUUUUGGAAAUGGUGGCUACAACUGGGAAUGAAUAAUGAUGAAACAGUAAGAUUAGGCUGUCUAGAAAAAUGCAAUUGGAUUGUGGAUGGACCACUAUAGUGUUGAAAGCUACUAAUGAAAUAUAGACAUGGAGUGAUCCGCAACUCAUUUGUUUCUAUCUUUACAUGCGCUUGCCAUGAUACUAUGACUGCUUAAUUACAAGGACCAGGUAGAGAUGGGGAAGACAGGCAAAUGGCUUCGAAGUUUCUUGACAGGAAAGAAAGACAAGGAGAAGGAGAAAGAAAAAUGUAAAACUAAUCAGAAAUCAGCAACUAGUAUUGAGAAUCCGGCGACCCCAGUUUUGAUCCCACCAACAACUCCAAAAGAAAAAAGAAGAUGGAGUUUUCGCAGGUCUUCAGUCACAGCAGCAACUCCCAGGGACAUGAAAUCUACAGAAGCAACCGCAUUACCACAACCAGAGGUUCAGGCCACAUUGGAUUCGGAAAAUGAGCAGAAGAGGCACGCAAUGGCAAUGGCAGCUGCUACAGCUGCUGCUGCUGAUGCAGCUGUGGCAGCUGCACAAGCUGCAGCGGCUGUGAUCCGUCUAACUGCAACUGCCCCUGGAAGAACAAGUGCGAUUGAAGAGGCUGCUGCCACAAAGAUUCAGUCUGUCUUCCGUUCUUAUUUGGCAAAAAAAGCAUUAUGUGCAUUGAAAGCACUGGUGAAGUUGCAGGCACUGGUAAGAGGUCACCUGGUGAGGAAACAGGCCACUGCUACACUCCGGUGCAUGCAGGCAUUGGUGACUGUACAGGCUAGAGCUCAGGCUCAGAGGAUCCGGAUGACUGAAGAAACAACCCCAGCUAGUCAGAGACAAUCGAUCCACAGAAAAUCAACACAGGAGAACAGAUUCAGGCACACAAAUUAUGAUAUUGAUAGAGGUAUGGACGAGAACAUCAAGAUUGUGGAGAUGGAUCUUGGACAAUCAAGGGGAAACACAAAGAGCAGAGAUAGCUAUUCACACCAACCACAAGCAGAACGAGUAGAGCAUAGACUUUCCACACAUUAUGCAUCAUCAAAUCGGGCAUACUCAAAGCCAGACAAUUGCCAAGUCUUUCCAGCUCCAUCAGCUCUGACCAACAUGAGCCCCAGAGCAUGCAGUGGGCAUUUUGAGGACAAUUCCUUCAACGCAGCACAGAGCAGCCCCCAGUACUACUCUGCAGUGUCAAAACCUGAUCCGUCAAGAAUUCCAUUUGCUUUUCCUCGACCAGAAUAUGCAGAAUCAUUGUCCUAUGACUACCCAUUAUUUCCAAACUACAUGGCAAAUACAGAAUCUUCCAGAGCCAAGGUGCGGUCACAGAGUGCACCAAAACAAAGGCCAGAUUCAUUCGAGAGGCAACCAAGCAGGAGAAGAGCAUCAGCGGAAGGAAGGAAUGUCCCAAGAGCCAUGCCCAUGCGGAUGCAGCUCUCAUCUUCACAUGUUGGGGCCACAGCUCAGAAUUAUCAACACCCUCAGAAUUACCAAUACCCAUGGUCAAUUAAACUUGACAGAUCAACAGUAUCCCUCAAAGAUAGUGAGUGCGGAUCCACCAGCACAGUGCUCACAAACACCACUUACUGCAGAAAUCUUGUUGGCUUUGAUGUUCAUGGAAAUAGGUAUUAACAGUGCACGAUACUCCACUGCAAUGGAUAUUUGGUGUCUCAUCAGCAGGAGAAAAAAAAAAAAAACUGGUAGAUGAAAUAAAUGAUUCAAGUUUCAGUAAGAAAUUAUCAAAGAAAAUAAAAUGUUCUACACAAAGAGCUGCCAGAGUGUUUCUGACAACUUCUCAAUCCCCACUCUAUUCUCAUUGCAAAGCAAUGUAUUACACUCCACCAAUGUGGAAACUCUCUCUCUCUCUCUCUUCUUUUUCAUGAUUUGGGUAAAUGUGUUCCUAAAGAGAACCAUGAUGGUAAGGGAACUAACCUGCAUGCAUUACAAAGAAAGUUUAGGAACACAAUUUAAAUGUUCUUUCUCUAUCAACAGAAAUUUAUUUGUGUGUGAAUUUUUCUCA